AUGAGCGUGAAAAGACGUCCAGUUGAGAACGAGGCAGUAAUGCCGAACGUGCUCGAUUGGCAGCAGUUGAAUGAGAAUAUCCCUGAUGCGCGACUGUAUGAUCACUUGCUUCGUCUGGCAAUUCUCGUGUACCGGCUCGAGCCACGUAGAUCGAGCAUUAGUGAAGGUAGUCACGUUAACGGCCAUCAGAGGAGCUCGUCUGUUGGCUCGAUUAAGGUGCAUAUACACGCCAAGCUACCGAAGGGCGCUCUAAAAACACUAAUGAAGCAUUUGAACCAUGUUGCCAUGAAUGCCACGGGAGAGACGGCAUACGAUCAGGUCCGCAGAUCCUGCUACUUGUCGUUCUAUGCGAUGGUCCUGAAUGCUAAAACCGCGGACCGCGAUACCUAUGAAGAUAUGAAGACGAAACCGGAGUCUUUGAUUGUGCGUUUCCUGUCGUGUGUCAACAAGCAGCUGGUCAAUUAUCCACAGUUACAAUCAACAAAGACCACCAAUGAGUUCAGUAUUGAUUUCGUCAACCUUCUACUUACAAUUGUGCGCCAGGAGAAAGGCACGGCUGCGUUGGUCCAACAGCUUGAGGACUACAAAACUCAAUGGCAAACAAGGCAGGGCUCGGUCUCGUCUUCAACCAGCUCUAAUCAGCUGAGCAAACUGGUUCGAUCUGAUGAGGCGUCGUUCGAUAUCAAAGAGAUGGACCUGGCUCAGUACGUUGCCCAAAUCAUGGGUAUCUCGCAGUCAAUGGCCCAAAAUGAUAUCACCAGACUCAAGUCCUCUGUGACAGAACACUCGGUUGCCCAAGAACUCGAAGCUUACCAGGAAGCGUUGCGCAACAACCAACAUCACCUCUACACAGCAAAGGAUUUCAAUAGCGCUCAAGAGUGGGAAUCCUGGAAGUUGACUGAAAUUCGAGCGGUCGAUCAGCUGAAACCGGCCACAGACGAAUCGCUGGCUGUUGGUAUGCAAAAUUUGUCCAUGGGGCAAAGUUCAAAUCUCUUACCACCUGAGCCCAAAUCAUACUACCUGGCUCUUUUACGCGUUUGCCUAACCUACGAUUCCAAGCUGCCUAAUCUUCUGUCGAACCAGUCGAACCGUUUGCUCAAUGUAGCUGCAAAUUGGUGGCGUAUUUCACCUGAAACCCGCUCAUGGAUCAUUAUGUGGGCUGCUAAAGAUAACUUCGAUCAGGGGGCUCCUGUAUCGGUUGUCAUGGAUGCAUUCACCCUAUCGCAGCACUUGCCAAAAGUUCUCCAGGAUCCAAAGACUUGGUCUGCUGUAGACCACUACUUUCUGGCAAACUGUUUGGCGAGCAUUCAAGCCCAAGCAUACGCCAAGCUGGAUAACAUCCUCAGAAGUAUUUUCGAGUCAAAAGUACCCAAAAUCGGACCAUAUAUCGAGCUUAUGGAGGACUAUCUUAUUAAAUGGGGGUCACUGAGUAUCUCCGAGAGCAGCAUUUCCCGCUUGAAAAAGGCGGUUGAAGCAGCUGCCGUCGCUGAGUACGAUAGGCUCCUAAGUCGCGUACCCCGGGAUUCCUCUUUAGACAUUGGUCAUAUUCACGAUCUUGGCCAAUGUAUUGUGAACAAUGCGAAGAGAUUGCAGAAAAAAUACAAAUAUCCGCUUUUCGAUAAAAUCGCUAUUGCGAAGCUGGUAUGCGCAAAGCAGCUCAAACUGUUCAGUGUUGAUUUUCUACCCAUGUUCAAGCACUGCUCCUCUUCCCGCGAAGACUCUGAGCCUCCAAGCUUUGAGGAUUUGAUGGCUUUGUAUAGUCUACUUGUGGAGAUGCAAGAUCUUUACAGACAGGUUUCUUUGUCGGAUGGUUUCCAGUUCAAUAUUGAGAGAUUAUUGUUCCCAUUCCUUUACGAGUGGGCUAAGGAUUCUAGUAAAAUUGCUCAGUCCUGGGUCGAACCGGCAAUUGAGCAAGAUGAUUUCCAGCCCCUCGAUGUAGAGAAUCAUGUGGUGCAUUCCAGUUCUGUAAAUGACUUGUUUGCAUCGUUUUACGCCCCAUUGAAGUUGAUGGAUGAUUCCCAAUGGAGAAAUCAGUACCACGUGGCCAAAGUUUUGACUACGUUGGUGGAGGGUAUCAGCAAUGCGAUCGGAUCGUGGGGGUUCAAAGUGUAUCUCAUGUUUUGCCAUGAGCUCAAGUAUACCAAUAUCAAAGGUCAGCAAUAUGCAUCUCGUCAAGAGCGCUGGCUAGCUAUGGCCAAAGAAGCUGUAAAUCAGACGAGUCGUGAGCCACCGGAGCCCUACCAAUUCAAGAUGGAGACAUGCGUUCGGCUGAAUGAUAUCGCUAAGGCCUAUGAGCUUUUGGCCAAAAUGGAAGAGAAUUUAAAUUCUGAUGCUAUUUCUAAGCGUAUAAGCAUCGAAGAGAAGCGUCAGAAACAGCAGAUGGCUCGCAGCUACCUGUUUACAGUUUCAGUGGUUAGUGCAUCGGGUCUUGUUCCCAACGAGACAAAGGGGACUCGAGAUACGUAUGUUACUCUGAUUGAUCAAGAAAAUCGUAAACAAAUCGGCAAAACUCAUGUGGUUUAUGGAACAACAGAGCCCAAAUGGGGCCAGCAGUUCGAGCUUGAGAUUAGUUCUAAACCCAAGCUUCUCAAGGUCACAAUUUGGGAUGAACUUAUGGGCAGCAAUCAUGAUCUAUGCGGGCGUACGAUGCUCAAGCUCGACCCCAAAGAUUUUGGCAGUCGGGACUAUGGCACUGCAUCCAGAUGGCUGGAUCUUGAUACCCAGGGCAAAGUUAAAAUUGAUAUCUCGCUGGAUGUUCAACAGGAUGAUAUUCGAUUUUACUUUGGAAAGGCUUUACGCUUUCUCCGCCGAACGCAAGACGAAAUGGUGCAAAUGAUCGUCGACCAGUUUGCACCAUUUGUACAGACAGCAAUAUCGCUCCCUACUAUUAACUCAUUGUUGAAUCGGGGCCGAUUUGGUAUGGACACUUUCCAGUCGUGGCUAGGGACCAAACAGGAGUCUAAACAGCCGCUAACUGCUGAACAAAUAGAAGACGUGCUGCAGCCGUUGUUCGACUAUCUCAAUUCCAAUUUUGCUAUUCUGGCCAGUGUGCUCACUCAGGAACUCAAGAUUAGCGUCAUGUCCAAAACUUGGGAGGUGGUGCUGGAUACAAUCGAUAAUGUGCUGCUCCCCCCAUUGGAGUCUCGUAAAACUACGCAGAACCAGCUGUCUCCCCGUGAGGUUGAAAUUUUGUUCAUUUGGCUGGCAGCACUUAAGGACUUUUUCCAUAAUGAAGGAGCUGGGCCUGAUGUGCAGACCCUACAGGGCCAGAAAUACCAGCAGCUUAUGAGCAUCUCAAACCACUAUACGCAGAGCACAGCGGAGCUAAAGGAAGAGGCCGAAAAAGUACAUCGUGCCAAUAUGAGGGCAUUUACUCAGACCUAUGAUCUCAUGGAACGAUCCCAAUCGUGUAUGUUCCAUCGAAGUCGAACAGUCAUGCAACAGAACCGGGAAAAGCUGCGGCAAUCCCAGCUGGCAGCGCCCGAGAUUGAUAAUGUCAUUUUGCGCAUUCUCAGAACACGCGGUGAGCUCGCCUUUAUCGAGAAGCAUUUGCGCUACCGCGAAAGAACUGCACUCAAGCGUCAGACUGAUCUGACUCUGCAAGGGUAUGCAGGUUAG